AUGUCCGACGCCUACGCACGUGAAGAACAAAACAAUGACCUCCUCUCAUCUCUGUCCCAGAAAACCUCGGCCUUGAAACACAUCACCCUCGAUAUCUACGACAAUGCCCGCUCCCAGGAGACCCUGGACCAUACAAACGAAGUGUUCAGCAACAUGGGCACCAGUAUCCGCGGGUCUGCGGGCCGGAUGACGCGCAUGGCCAGACAAGGGGAUAAGACUGCCGUGCUGAAGUUGGCAGGGAUCCUGAUCGUCGCGGUAUUGCUGGUUUAUUGGAUUGGAGGGUGGAUUCUGGGACUGAUCUUUGGUCGGUAG